AUGAGUUUUUUAUGGGAUUGGUUUACUAGUAUUUUGACAAGUUUUGGUUUACACAAGAAAAGCGGUAAACUUGUAUUUCUCGGACUUGAUAAUGCUGGAAAAACAACUCUAUUACACAUGUUAAAAGAUGAUCGUCUAGCUCAACAUGUACCUACGCUACAUCCAACUUCCGAAGAAUUGGUUAUAGGAAACAUGAAAUUUACAACGUUUGAUCUAGGCGGUCAUGCUCAAGCUCGUCGUGUCUGGAAAGAUUAUUUUCCAGCUGUUGAUUCGGUUGUUUUUCUUGUGGACGCUGCAGAUCGAAAUCGUCUUGAUGAAACAAAAGCAGAGCUUGAUAGUUUAUUAACCGAUGAACAAGUUGCGAAUGCACCUAUACUGAUACUCGGUAAUAAAAUUGAUUUACCGGGAGCUGCCAGUGAACAAGAACUUCGUUAUAUACUUGGUAUAUCUACAGCUACAACAGGAAAAGGUGUUGUACCUCGGUCGAGUUUCAAUGUCCGGCCAAUGGAAGUCUUUAUGUGUAGUGUACUAAGACGCGAAGGUUACGGAGAAGCAUUUCGAUGGCUAUCACAGUAUUUAUAA